AUGAUGGACGGCAUCGUCUACUACGAUCCAACAGCGGCCCAUAUCACCAAUCUAUUCAAGUCUAAACUGAGCAUCCAAGAUUAUGAUCACGUGAAGCGCAUCCAUUCAGUGGACGCGGAGCCGCGUGUGCCCAAAGCUCCACGGAACUUCAAGACGCCGAUCUUGCGUAGAGCAACCUUCGGAGCGUCUCGUCUGGAUGAUCCUCUUGCAAGCUCAUCGCGACGCGCCGGAGACUAUUAUCGCCCAAGCUACGCAACUGCUGAGAACAAUUCCGACAUAAUGGCUGACGACGACCGCCGCGGAGGUGGUAGGGGCUACAACAACAAUAAUCGCAAGCGCAGAUUUAGAGAGGAGGACGACUCCGAUCGCCGACCGCAGCGACGCCGCUAUGAGGAGCCGAUUUCUGCGAAGCUUCGGAGACAGCUUCUGACUAUUGCUGAGUCGCCCAUGAAACAGCCACAGGACGAGGCACAAGAAAUUGCAAAACUAUUCGCGGAAUACUAUGAGGAGGGAGACGACAAGGCGACCUUCCUCGACCUCAUGGUGCAGAUUUUGACCGAGCAACCCUUCAAGAUCCCCUUCGCAGCUGCAGUCGUGCUCUAUACCAACGAAACAAAGCCCGAAGCCGCAGCAGAGAUCUUCACGCGGGUAGCUUCGAAGCUUCAGAGUUCUCUUGACAGCGGCAACUGGAGAGACGUCAAACUUAUCCUUCGGUUCUUCGGCUGUCUACAAGUGCUUUUCGAGGGAGACGGCGUCUUUCCGCUGCUGGAUGAGCUCUUUGAUCGAGCCGUGGACCUGCAAGUAGCGUCCCAGGAAGACACUAUCGGCCUCGAGCUCGUCAAGAUCAUACUCUUUACCAUGCCGUACAUCAUCGCAUCGCCAGCGGUCGGCUUCGGCCCACGAGCUGUAGAGCUUCUGGCAAAGACGGAGGCCGUUGCAUCGAACGAGCACGCCCUAGCGCCACUGGUGGAAAUUUACCCUGGCGACAGCGAUGACAGGCCAUUCGGAUACCAGAGCAUUAUUGGCAUGCUGCAGAAGCAGCUACAAAGCGAGUCAGAAAAGGGCUGGGAGCUUGCUUGCAUUCCUAGACUGUUUGCGCCGAAGCCGAAGGAGGAAGAGACUAGCGACGAGGCUGCUCUUACAUCGGCGAAGCAUGCUUUCCCCAGCAUUACUGUAUCGUCACCAAUCAACCCUGGACCGAAGCCUCUCUUUCCCGACGCGUAUUUCUCUCUGUACGCCGAUCAGGACACUGUGCCGAAGACGACAGAUAUUGCGUCGAGUUUGCUACGAGACGUUUUGGUCGACACAAUCAAUAUCCUAGACUUCAAUCGCAAUGCAACCGCCAAGUUUCUCAUCGACAUGGACUGCUACUGGGCACCCGAUACGUUCGUCAAGCGCGCUACCCCGUUCGACAAGCUCAAAGACAUUGCAGGCGACAAGUCGACAUGGAAGCCGGAGGAUAUGGCCGUCGAUGCUGUCUUUUCGCAGAUCUUCACUCUUCCAACGCCGGAGCACAAGCUAGUCUACUAUCACUCGGUCAUCACGGAGUCUUGUAAGAUCGCCCCCGCAGCCAUUGCACCCAGCCUUGGACGUGCUAUUCGCUUCCUCUUCCGCCAUCUGGACCUCAUGGACAUGGAGCUGGGGUACCGCUUCAUGGACUGGUUCGCGCAUCACCUAAGCAACUUCGAGUUCAGGUGGAAGUGGACCGAGUGGCUGGAGGACAUUGAUCGCUCUGACCUACAUCCUAAGAAGGCCUUCAUUAUCGGCGCCCUGGAUAAAGAAAUCCGUCUCAGCUUUGCCAAACGUAUCCGUGAGACGCUGCCUCAGCCUUAUCAUCACCUCAUCCCCGAAGGCAAGGAGAAAGACACUCCGGACUUCAAGUACAGUUCCGACCAAACACCCUACGCGCCCGAAGGCCGCGAGCUGCUUACCCUAAUCCGCAAAAAAGCCCCCGAAGAGCAGAUCCAAGAAGUGAUCGACCGCAUCCACGACCAAGCCGCCGAGCACGGCAUCAGCGACGUUCUGAUUCCCUCGACCGACGCCUACGUAACAGCUAUCUGCUUCAUCGGCUCUAAGUCCCUCUCGCACGUCCUCUCGUGCAUCGAGCGCUGCAAAGAGCGCCUCCUCGACAUCGGCAAAGCCUCCGACGCUGCCCGCCGCCAGGUCAUCGCCUCGGUCGUCGACUACUGGAAAGACCAGCCGGGCAUCGCGGUCAACAUCGUCGACAAGCUGCUCAACUACUCCAUUGUCUCGCCGAUGAACGUCGUCCAGUGGGCCCUGGGCGACCAUCUGGGCGCCGGCGAGGCGCUCACCCAGAGCUGGGUGUACGAGAUGGUGGCGGGCACGGUCGGGAAGGUGACGAAUCGCAUGCGGCAGAUUGCGGACGCGAGGCUGGAGCGCGGGCUUAGCGCCGAGCAGAUUGAGCUUAUCGACCAGCAUCUCCUGAAAGAACGCGAGUCGAUGCGGGAGCUGUUUAGGUUCAUCGAUGAUGCAGUUACGGGGAUCGCGUCUGGUGCCGCGGAUGGGUUUAUUGAGCGAGACGGCGAGAAGGGGUUUGGGGAGGAGGAGGGCAAGCUCAUCAAGGCGUGGGGGGGGAGGUGGGCCCGCGUGUUCAGGAGGAAGGCGGCGGUUGAGGAGAGUAUCGUUGGGGAGGCCGCGAUGGAGGCGAAGGUCGCGGCGCUGGGGGUGCAGAUGGAUGUCGAGCCUGAGGCUGGUCCGGACGCGAAUGGAGCUGGUACGGUGCUGGAUGAGGAUAUUAUCACUUGA